UCUUUACUCCCUAGGUCCGUGGUAACUGGAGACUACUAGUGAAUGACAGUUACAUUUCUGAGGCCUCCAUUUGGUCUCCUUCCGAAGCAAUGUGUAAAUGACACACUUUAUUGAUGACUAAUCACUAAUAUGGGAUUUAGCUAAAUCAUAAGCUUACUCAAAGUUCCUGAAAAGUAAAGACCCUUUUUAAAAUAUCAUUUUAACAUCUUAAAAAUGAAUCACUAAAUGAUUGUCGAAAUAACAUUCCCUCCAUGCUACAAACCCACAUGGACUCAAUGGUUGACACUUUUUAUGCUAUUGGACUUGUGAUGCAACUUUGCCAAUCCAUUUCUCUCCUGGAGUUACUGCAUAUAUAUGUUGGCAUUGAAUCAAGCCUUCUUUUCCCAAGGUUUUUGCAGCUCACAGAGAGAAUCAUCAUUCUUUUUGUGGUGAUCACCAGUCAAGAAGAAGUCCAAGAGAAGUAUGUGGUGUGUGUUUUAUUUAUCUUUUGGAACCUUUUGGAUAUGGUUAGGUAUACUUACAGCAUGUUAUCUGUCAUAGGAAUGUCAUAUACUGUCUUGACAUGGCUCAGCCAAACACUAUGGAUGCCAAUUUAUCCCCUGUGUGUUCUUGCUGAAGCAUUUGCUAUAUAUCAGUCACUGCCUUACUUUGAAUCAUUUGGUACUUAUUCCACCAAGCUGCCCUUUGAUUUAUCCAUCUACUUCCCAUAUGUGCUAAAAAUAUAUCUCAUGAUGCUUUUUAUAGGCAUGUAUUUUACCUAUAGUCAUCUCUACUCAGAAAGAAGAGAAGUCCUCAGAGUUUUUCCACUUAAGAAGAAGAAAAUGUGAAACAGAAUUCUAAUAUGCAUGAGAAGAUAGGCUUGUUGAUUCAGCUGCAGGAAAUACAAUACAGGAAGUAUCCUGGUGGAAAAAUACCUACUGUUUAACAAAAUUCAUGACAUGGAAUAAUUGUAUAUAUUCCUUAGCCUCUCUAAACACACAGUAAUCCAUGUUUCUUGCACCUUAUAUUUUCAAAUAUACUUUGCUUCACCAAAGCUGUGGAUUUUUUAUAAGUUGCACUGAUAUAAUAUUAAGUGUGUUCUGAGAAACUGUACUUGAUAACCUAGGUUACAAUUAUUUCUUUUCAGUUCUGAGUUUCCAGCAAAGAGCAGAAAGGUAGGAAAGCGUACAAAAGACACUGUGCAGUUUUCUAGAAUAUCGUAUUUUAUAGACAUCCUUUUCAAUUUCCAGAUCUACCCACCUUAAGUGUUAAACACACCUACAACUGAGCAGACAUCUCUCUAACAUAUCUUAGUUUGGGUUCCUUUAAGAAACAUCAAACAUUGGGUUGCUUAAACAAUAGAAACUUAUUUCUUACCAUUUGGAUGU